AUGACCGUGGAAUAUCAAUGCGACCUGGGCUACUCUGGUCGACCGUUGGGAGACCUGGAAUCCAGAGAAACGUGGGAGUGGUUGGGGAAAGAGUCGGCCACCUGUGGGCCAGAUGGCCAGUGGCAGUUCAUGGGAGACGAGAGGUGUUCGUUGAUUGGUUGUGGAUCUUUGCAAACCUUCUUGCAGUCGUCAAGGAAAACAGGAUUUUCCACUGGUUGGCAAGAGACCAUGACCAUGGAGCCGGGCUCAGAAAUGGCAUGA